AUGAUGUUUUCAGAAUCUACAUUUCAAGAAUUUAUAGCAAAUAGUAAUAGUAGUUUACAACAACACUUGAAUCAAGAACAAACAAUAGAGCAACAACAUCUUUUGUCAACACAGGAGAAUGAAGAGUUAGCAAGUAGUAGUAUUGGUUCACUAUUGGAAAAUGAAGAGGAGGGUAUCACUGAAACACCGUUUUUGGAAGAGCAUAUGCCUAUUUUAAAUACACCGAUUUCAGAUUCUGCAACUACGGCACCAGCUAUAGCAAUACCAGUAGCAAUAGCAACACUAGCAACACCAACAACAACAACCACCACAACAACUACAGCUUCAAUAGAUUCAAUAGAUUCAACAACCCCAAUAGCAACACCUUCAUCUUCUUUAGAUGUUGAACCAUUAGUACCAGUGAAAAGAGGACGUGGUAGACCUCCAAAAGUAAAAUUAGAUAAUAAUGGAUUUCCUUUGGCAUCGCCACCAAAAGCUGCCAAUACAGCAUCACCAAAGUUAACAAAGAAACAAUUGAAGCUGUUGGAGCAACAAAAACAACAAGAACAACAACAACAACAGGAUGAUGACGGAGAUUAUCUAUCUAAAUCGAUAUGUCCUAUCUGUAAGAUAAAGAUCGAUCAAGAUAAAUAUCAGGAGCAUUAUGAGAUGGAGUUGAAGAAGUUGGCAUCUGAGGAAAGUCUUCCAUCUUUUGAGGAUGAAUCCGGAUCCUAUCAAACACUGUCAGCUAAUAGACCAAGAAGAUCAUCGACAAUCAACGCAUUGAUAAAGACACACAUGCAAGCAACCGGUACUGUUUCAGAGUUUGACGACAUCAACCAAUCUAUUGGCAACAUCAGAGCGAAACGAGAAAAGAGAUCUGCAACUUUACUAAAUUCAUCAAGAAACUCAAUUGAUAGCAGUGUCAGCAGCGGUACUACCACCACCACUACCACCAAUAAUAAUAGUACAAGCAACAUCAGUAGUAAUAGUAGUAAUAAUAGUAAUAAUAGUAUACAGAAAUGUUUUGUUUGUGGAGAGCAAGUUAGUGGAGAUAUGAGUGAUUUCAACUUACAUUUAGAUAGAUGUUUAGAGAGUGGAAAUGGUAAUGCUAAUGCAAAUGCAAAUGCUAAUGCAAAUGCAACAACAACAACACCAAAGAGAGGAAGAGGUAGACCACCUAAAUCAACAACACAACAAAACAAGAGAAAAGCCAAUGAAGAGGAAGAAGACUACUCUGAUUUACCACCAGGCGUAGAGGUAUAUGAGUUUGCAGGUGAAACACGUAUUCGUGCAUGCAGCUUGAUUCCCAAUGGCUAUCACGAUAUCGUACCGAGACACAAAGAUGCAACCAACGAAGAUAUCGACUUGGACAUAGAGGAAGAUGAUACUGUUCAAUACGGACAAGUUCAAUACACAGUAGAUAGUUUAUCAGCAAUAGAAAAACCAAGUUUAAAUCAUUUAAUAACAACAGCACCAUCAUCAUCAUCUACAACAACGACAUCAACAACUACAACAACUACAACAACAAAAAAUGUAAAUAAUAAUGUAAAUAAUAACAGUAAUAAUGGUGGUAAUAGUAUAAUAAUUGAAUCAUUAAAAGAAAGAAUAAGAGAACAAGACAAGCUACUACAGAAUGUACCGAAUUGUUUGGUAUGUCUAAGUAACUAUCAAGUUCCGUUGGUCAGUAUCAAGUGUUGGCAUGUUCACUGUGAACAAUGUUGGUUGAAUGCACUCAAAGUUAAGAAAUGGUGUCCACAAUGUAAUAUCAUUACAACACCAAAUGAACUUAGAAAAAUUUAUUUAUAA